UACGGUAGUGGUCACGCUUCAAGAAAUCGAGAAAUCCGGGGGAAAGAGGGCGCACUUGUUUGAAAUGGAAAAGCGCCGUGGUAGAUACUAUAUUGAUAAAGAAGAACAUCAAGUCCCGAGGGGUUCGUUCUGCUUGUGACAGCCGGUUAAAUGGCGUCCCUUGACAAGAUGUAUGUCAGAAGAAGUGCAGUAUUAUCAUAAGGAGAGUUAUACUUGGAAUACGGAGGAGGAAUGGAGCGGAAAAGAGGCAGAGGAGGUCUAAGAGAGGAAGAGGGUGAACUUGAGUCGGUUAAAACGGCGGGGAAAUUGAGAUUGUUAAAGAAGAAUGGUAGAAAGUGUAACAGAGUGAGUUUAAGACAGGAGGAGAAAUGGAAGUGAUCGAGGGCGAAGUAUCGGGAGGUGGUAGGUGAGGUGAAGUUCUCGGGGCCCGAGGCUUGCACUGAAGGUCAGGAUAAAGAUGAGUCUGUGACAGUAGGAGGGAUUUUUUUUUAAAGUGGACCCCUUUGAUCCAUUUGAGGUUUCAGGGUGGGUGAAAACAGAGUUGGAUGUUGUGGAAUCGCUGAGGGUAACCAGAAGUGGUCUUGUGAUAAUUGUAUGUGUUUCUUCUGGUCAGGGGGAGCGCGGUGUUAAACCUUUUGGUAGGCCGUCAUUGUAUUUAAGAAUGUGUUCUUAACUGACUUGCCUAGUUAAAUAAAGGUUAAAUAAAUAAACAAAAUGGGGGCAAGAUAUGUGAAUUGUUUUGCUCUCAAGAAAAGGGUGCCAUUGAAAUUAGUUAUUACUGGGGUUGUUUGGUGCAAAGCAGACAGACAUGGCGUGAGGGGAGAAACAGAAGAUUCAGUGUCUGUUCUUUUGAGUUUUUAUGUUGAGUCUUUGCCGGACAGUGAUGUUAGUAUAUAUAAAAGUUAUCCUGUAUGAGCUUUUGUGCCGACUACAUUACGUUGUUACAGGUGUCAAGCUUAUGGGCAUGUGGCAGCAGUGUUUAGGAGUGAGGUUCCUAGAUGUGAGAAGUGUGCAGAAGAGCAUGAGACGAAGAAGUGAGUAGCAUUGGGGAAAGUAGUGGUAUGUGUUAAUUGUAGGGGUAUCCAUGUGGCUGGGGAUCAGAAAUGUCCCAUGCAAGAGAGGCAGGUUGAGGUUUCCAGGGUUAGAGUAGGGCAGAAGUUGUCAUAUGGUGAGGCAGCGAAGAAGGGUCAAGGGGAAGGGGAUCCUGAGAGGAGUAACAGAUCUGUACCAGUACAGAGGGAUAGGCCAACAAGUGAUAUGUUUCAGUAAGAUUGGAUUUUUGGCAUCUAUAGUAAUGGUUAUCAACUAUACUGCAGGGAUGAAACGUAAGUCACAGAAAAUAGUUGUUGUGGUAGCUGCAGAGAGGUAUCUUGGUAUGUGAGACUUGACAUCAGAAGAGUUACAGGGUGUGUUAAGUGGUGGUGUCCCAUCAUUUCAGACUGUUUGCCUAAAGUAGGAAUAAAUAUAUUUAAAUAGUGGAGUAGGGUAUUUAUUAUUUGAGUCUAGUGUUAGAUGGUAGGGUAUUUGUUGUGUUUUUUUAUUGGAUAAAAAAAAAUUAAGAUUUUUUUUUUUUUAAAUCAAAGUACAAGGGAGUUAUACUCCCGUCUAGUAGGUGGCGGUAAUGCAACAUUUAUUGGAUGCCAACCGCCUUUAAACAUCAUCGAAGAAUAAUAAAAAGUACGGUAGCCUAACACAGCCAACAGACCCAAGUCAAAAAUUGAUGUAGCCAUUUAGCUAGCUGGAGAAGUAAAAUAGAUAAAUUAUACUAGUUUGUUUGGUAGAUUUCACUGUAAUUCAUAAUUUGAUAUAACAAACAAAAAUAAACUUACACCGGUAAACGGCAAGAUGUGUUGGGAACGGGAUUGACUUGGGCACUGUCCUGUCCCCACGUGAGUAGCACACGCUUUUAUAAUCAUUGUAAUUGUCACUGCUAAGGCUUGAAAGUCAAGUCCCUGAUUUUCCAAUUAUUAGAUGUUUCACUUGAGGAAUAUGCAGGCAGCUUUCUGUGGACCUGAUCUUGGCCCUUGUUAGUUUACCUUCUAAAUAGGUGGACUUCCAUUGUCACUUGAACUAGGCCGGGUUCUCCAUGUCCAUGUUUCGGCUCCGAGCUGUGACUGGGAGCCGCUACCUGCGCAGGUUUUUGCAUGGGGGAGCAGCGAACCGGGAUCAUGUUCUGGAGCAGCUUGGCAUCUGCUCUGGUGAAGACCAAGUGCUGGAAGUGGUCGGCAAGAACAAGGCCAAGCUGACUGUGAACCACGUUGGCUGUGCCAUAGGCAUGCUCUGGCAUUUCCAGAAGGAGAAGCCACAGAUCCUGAGAACGGUUGAAUUCAUCAAAAGCCACCCAGAGUUCCUGACUCUCCGGGUGCUGGCUGAGAACAAAAUUGAGCUCAUGGAUGAUGUCAUGUUGGUGGACAUGCUCUACAAUGUUCUCAGGCUCAAUGUGGAACCGUCUGAUUCUCUUGCUCAGCAAUUGGUCUCAGAGGCCUGGCUCAGAUUAUACAGAUUUCCAAUGCCAUCACUGUCCAAGUUUGCUGUCUGUCUAAGUGAUCAACAUCUGCAGAACAGUCCUCCAAUGGGUCAAAUCACUGACAUUUUGAAUCAGAAACUCUCCUCAAUUGAUGAUGCCAGGAUCCUGACGACCCUGAUGGUCAGUGUGUCAUCUUUGGUGUCCCCUCAUCUGCGGGAUAAACUCAUCAAUAAAGCAGAUCAUCUCCUUGACACCAUGGAUCCCUCACAUUACAACAACCCCAGGAGGAUGGUGCAGUUCCUGCGCAACAUCAAGUAUAGUUACCGUCCCCUGCUGGAGAAGUGCAACCAUAUUCUCUUGCGCAAUGUUCCCCACCUAAAUGCAGAGAACAUAAGCAUCAUCAUGGGGCUCUACCAGUCAAUACAGUUCAACAACUGUGACUUCCGUCUGGCUGCAAAGCAAAGGCUGAUGGAACUCGUGGACUCGAGCGCAGACCCUUUCUCCUUCACCAAGCUGUUUGUUGCUCUUGGGCCUAUGGCAGGGGAGGACACCAAAGAGAGGUUGGAGAGUACAGCACUGCUACUGGCAGAAGAUUUUAAUGCCCAUCAGGCCCUAGCUGUGGCAGAGACACUAGAGGAGAUUCAGUGUAGAAACCUGAAUCUGAUCCAAAAGAUUGCAUUAGUAGUCCACAAGAACCUGCAUGUCUACAAGCCCAUGGAGAUAGCCAGGAUCACACAAGCCCUGAUCCUGCUGCAUUACCAGAGUCCAGAGCUCUUCACUAAAUUAAGGAACAUUCUGGUUCAGUUCUUGCUGAACAGUGUCUACCCAUAUGAAGUGACCAUGCUGACUCGUGUUCUCUCCAUGCUGCCUUCACCUCGACUCGACGAAGGCGUCGUUUCACGGGUGGAGGCAGUGCUGCCCCAGUGUAAUCUGAAUGACCUGAACACCUUUGCAAUGGCCGUCGCUAAGUGGUUGCGAAAUGACCCGUCCUACCGACACAGCACGCCCAGCAAGUAUGUGCGUCUGCUACAGAUCCUGAACCGCUGCGGGCAUGAGCGCCUGCGCAAGGCUGAUCGCCUGGACUUGGUGUUGGAGGAGCUCAAGUACAUGUCAGGGGAAUGGUUUGAGGAGAUGCUGCUGGAGGAGACCAUGGUUACACUCCAGAGGUUGGAGGACCAGAUAUCCUGGACCAAUGUGCCUGAGAUGGCCCUUUUCCUGACCAGGACUAAUCACCUCUGUACUCCAUUAAUGGACCGCAUCGCUAGCGUGGCCAUGGAGAAUAUCAACAAGAUCCACUACUCAGCGACUUAUGCCACCUUGCUGCCCUUUGCCAUACUGAAUUAUGAUCCACCAGGGGUGGACGAGCUGUUUGACAUCUGCAUUCAGCGCGUCAUACCUCAUAUCAGUUCCUUUGACCCCCAUCUGCUUGUACUUCUCGCAUAUGCCCUGGCUGUGGCUGACUGCUUCCCGGAGGACCUGGUUCGAGAAAUCUUCAAUGUGAAUUUCCUUGCCAAGCUGGAUUCCCAGUUAGAAACCCUGCCUGACGCCCUCAACAAGCGGAUCCGCCUGCGUCUCAUGGAGCUAAAUCGGGCUGUGUGUCUGGAGUGUCCAGAGUCCCAGGUUCCCUGGUUCCACGAGCGUUACUGCCUCCAGUUACAGAAGAAAGGGAAUGGUUCCAUCAGUCCUGUCCAACAACAAAUCCACAAAAUGCUUGGGGAAGUUCUUGGAGGGAUUAAUUGUGCCAGAGUGGCAUUGCUCACUACUUAUUUCUACACAGUAGACUUUGAAUGUGUUCUGGACAGACAUCACCAUGCGGUGGCCUACAGUGAGCAGAGCCAGCUGCAGAUAUCUGAAGAUGGGAAAGUCCGCUGGGGUUCUGACUCUGUCGGGAAGGAUCGGAGUGAGGUCCCUCCAGGGGCACAACGUGUUGCUGUGGACUUCUUGGAUUCCAAAUCAUUCUGCAAAAACUCUCGUCACAUGAAAGGGGAAGCCAUGAUGAGAAAGAGACAUCUGGAGAUUCUGGGAUAUCAUGUUGUCCAGAUCCCUCAUUUUGAAUGGAACUCUAUGGAGCUCUCCACACAGGAUGCAUGGAAGGAAUACCUUCGGAAGAAGAUAUUUACUGGGCUUCCCUAAAGCACCUAGAUGUUGAAUGAAGGACACGUGUUAUAUUGCUUUUGCUACUGAACUGUGAGAGGAAAAAGUCUGCCUUUUAGAAAUAUAUAUUUGCAGGCAGGUCAUUGACUAUUAUUUUUAAGCAUCAGAUGUUUAUCAAGUGCUCCUUAUUGCCGACUCCAAAUCCUAAAGUGGACAUGGAGCUACCUCACCUCCUGCCAAGAAAAAAAAUGUAUCAGGCUUUUUAUAUGAACUGUGUCAUUUGUCAAAUAAUAAUAAUUGUUUGUAAUAAAAAUUUUAGAAAAGCUUU